AUGGAAUACUACCACCCAGUAUUCGAUCUGGCAAAAGAUGUGGGAAGUGACGCAAGCUACUUCGAACCUCUCACGGCUGGAGCAGUGGCGACAAUGCGCAUGUUGUAUGAUCCCGCGCAGCCCAAAGACGAGGACGAUAAGCUGAACCGCGGCAUUGGCGCACACACGGAUUUUGGUUGCAUGACACUUAUGUUGCAAGGCAAGAUGAAUGGCCUACAAGUUCUGGACCCUCCUUCUGGGCAAUGGCUUGACGUCAAACCGACACUUGGGGCAUAUGUUGUGAACCUGGGAGACCUAUUUACCAGAUUCCCUCUGCCACUUCUUGGCGUGCUCCUUCCGUACUAG